AUGGAGCUGCGUUGAUACUACUAAUAACCAAUUAAAUAUGAUAGGAUGAGCUUUUCUACUUUUCCAGCCCCGAUUAGAACAUUGAAUCUUCCAUUUCUUUUAAAAUUCGCUUCAAGUUGGAAAAAUAUUUGAAGAUGUUUUUGACCGGUGUUAAAGGAUAGGAUAACAUUUAGAGAUAUUUUCUGAAAAUUUGAGUGCACAAAAUUUUCUCUUCUUAUGGAAAAUUAUCUUUGUUUGCCAUUGUAGAUCAUCUAUGUAUUAGAGCACCCUUCUCAUCACACUCUCUUUCGUUUCCUCCUCCUUUUUCUGUUUUAUAUUUCCCGUUUUGCUUUCAAGAUUUUAGUAUACUUUCGACGUUUCCAUCCCAAAGAUUUCCUUAUUUUUACAGGCAUAAAUGCUCAGCAUGCUACAAGCAAUACAAGAAGAAAGAGCACCUAAUUGAGCAUAUGAGGGUCUCAUACCACUCAGUUCAUUAGCCAAAGUGUGAAGUCUGCAGAAAGCAUUGCAAAACAUUGGAAUCUGUGAGAGAACAUCUCACAGGUAAGUAAGUAAUCGGCUGAAAAUCGAAACUCAAACGCAUAUGUUCUCCUGAAGAAAUUCAGCAGCGCAUAGAUCUUGUUGGAAACUAAUAUGAUCCAGGCGAUGGGGAAUCAUUUGCAUACCGUCCAUAUCCAAUUCAGAAUAAAACCCAAUACUGGAGGCUGAAUCAUAAUGCUUUAUUAACUUUCUGGCUCAAAAUAAGAUUUGGCACAUACUAACCUUAUCCGAUUCAAAUUGGCUUAACGCGAGUCAAAUGGACUUUUGGGUUCAUUCAUCAUUGUCCUUGGUUCCCACAUCUGGAGCACUAGUGUUGCAAGCCAGGUAAAGACUACUAUGUUUAUGGGGUCUUUCCACGGUGUGGCGCAUCUUGGUUCUUUCCCAGAUCAUUAGAAUCAGCGUAACACGAUUUUCUAGGUGAGAACUGGGCCCAACAUCCAGACGUUAACCGUUUCAGGGGAUGUUGUUUAGGACCUCUAAGGACUGAAUUGAAAAGUUCCACAUAUGACAACUAAAACCGGAAAAUGCUGGAGAAGGGUUUCAUUCAGCUUCUAUAUAACUACCGAGGUGAACAUUUGAACCUUAUUCUGAUGCAAUCAAGUUUUCAAUUAACCAACUUUCCCGGAGAAGCUCAGUUUUCUGUGCUUGCUCAUGGCACGUUUAUUCUGUUCAUUCCCGGAGAAUAAACUGAUGUACAUUCAUUCUGAUGUCGUUUUAUGAAUAAACUUGAACUUCUAUGUGAACUAGUUAGUCUGAAAAGCUGACUAUAGGUCCACUUUCCAAGAGAAGCUGUCCAAAUGUCUUUACUGUUCGUGGCUGCAUCAUCUGCUUAAAGAUAUUUGACGCCCCUGACGAGCUUCUGGCUCACAAAGAAGUCUGUUGCUUAUCCCCUGCUUCCUUUGUAAGUCGAAUGACAGCAAUAGCAAGUAUCCUGGUCUACGAAACAUAAACGGUUGAUUUAAACAAUUUUAUUCUGUAUUAAAAGGCAUUAUGCUCACUGAACUUGAAGUAUAUUGAUUCUAGGAUGCGAGAGAUCCUCUAUUUGAAAACUCUAUGGAUAGUAGAAUGCAAGACUCGUGCUCCAGUCCUGACGCAACCAGGAAACAAGUUUCACGUGUAGUUGCCAUGGAUUGUGAACUGGUUGGUGGAGGAAGUGAUGGGUCACUUGAUCUUUGUGCUAGAGUGUGCCUCGUUGAUGAAUCUGAGAACCUAAUUUUCCAUUCAUAUGUUAAAUCUCAGAUCCCAGUCACCAAUUAUAGGUAAUUUUCUGGUUUUCAUAUUUUAUAGCAUAGAUUUGCGGAUUUUCUUACUGAGAUUACAUGAUGAAUACUUUCAGGUAUGAAAUAACUGGUAUAACGGAAGAAAAUUUAGUAGAUGCAUUGCCACUGAAUGAUGUCAAGCAUACAAUUGAGCAGAUACUCUACAAUGGGGAAUCCAUUGGCAUUGCCCGUGUAGAAGGUGGCAGAGCUCUGAUUCUUGUUGGCCAUGGCUUGGAUCACGAUCUGUAUUGUCUGAAUAUGCAUUACCCUCCUCAUUUGCUAAGGUAAAAUUUAGGAUUUCCACAACUCUGUUAUCCUGAUCCUGUAACGAAGGCCUCUUAUUGGUCUCUGAUUGAUAUACAUUUGCAUCUGUGUUUUUCUCUCAUAUCUUGUUGUUGUUGUUGUUUUUUUUUUUUUUUUUUUUUUCAUUUGCAGGGACACCGCCAAGUAUCCACCUUUUAUGAAAACAAAUUUAGUCAGCCACUCGCUGAAGUACCUCACACAAAACUACUUGGGGCAAGUCACUCUCCUACUUAUUCUCGUCCAUAUAUUCAAACAUUGCUCACAGAGUAGCCUCACAUUCUGUGAGAAAAUAGUCUCGUGUAUUGUAAAUAUUUGGGCCUCUUAUCGCCAAAUACUCUUCAAUUUCGCUAUUCGAUUUAUUUAACGCCAAGCAAUGUGCAACAGAGUGUACAAGGAAAGGCUCAAUACUAGUCCCUCCUGGAAGUUAAAGAUAUAUGCUUGGUUUUCCAAUUAUGGCAUGCCAACUUAUCAUAUAUUUCCGAAACUUUGGUUAAAUUAUCUAAUUAUAUAUUUGAGGGAUUGGGUUUUGCAGAUAUAAGAUCCAAACUGCUGCACACUACCCACUAGAGGAUUAUUUGGCUGCGAUGAGGCUUUACAAAAGGAUGCAGGCCCAGUUGCAUCGGAGAGAAGAGGUCCCUAUGUUAUUCUGUGACUAUGACUCUGGCGAGCCUUCAAAUGUCAAUGCUUUUGAUCUCACCAGAUCUAACGUACUGGAGAAAAUGUCCUCAGAAGAACUGCUUGAGAUGUCAAGAUCCGAGUACAGAUGCUGGUGUCUGGAUAGGAUUUAG